AUGGACACUGACCUUAUCAAGGUCGUGAAUAAGCUCCAGGAGACCUUCAGCACGAUUGGUGGAGAUGCUGUGGAUCUUCCUCAAUGCGUAGUGGUUGGGGCUCAGAGUUCGGGCAAGAGUAGUGUGCUGGAGACGUGAGUGCUGGCAGUGGGAAAGGAUAUCGCGGCUUUUUAGCAGUCAAUGUGGUUUGCCAGGCGUUUCAACCUUGCCAUUGUCGCUUUUACGGCGCUUGCGGACGAUCACUGGACGCUGCUGCUCAGGACAUGCGCGUGCAUGGUUGGUAGAGAUGCUCAGAAGUGGGGCGACGCUGAUAAUGUAGCUUUCCUUUGCGUCACUAGCCUGGUUGGCAAGGACUUCUUGCCGCGUGGGCAAGGCAUCGUCACACGUCGACCUCUCGUCCUGCAGCUGGUCCACCAGCCCAGCUCAACAAACGCCGAUGGGGAAUUUGCAGGCACGAGCACAGCUGCUCCAGGUCCAGGUCCGUCCUCUUACGACGAGUACGGCGAAUUUCUUCACCUCGACAAGCGUUUCACAGACUUUAGCGAGGUCAGAAGGGAAAUCGAAAACGAAACGUAUCGAGUUGCUGGACAGAACAAGGGCAUCUCAAAACUGCCGAUUCACCUCAAGAUCUAUAGCCCCCAUGUCCUCAACCUCACCCUCGUGGAUCUGCCAGGAUUGACUAAGGUGAGCCGUGGCCUUAGCGCCCUCGUGUGUCUUGCGGCGUGUAUGCUCUUGUAGGAGGCUGAUGAGGCCACAUGCUCGCGCAUUCUACAACAGAUACCUGUCGGCGAUCAGCCCACUAAUAUUGAGCGACAGAUCCAGGAUCUCGUCACCUCGUACAUCUCCAAACCAAAUUGGUGGGUGGCAGGCACGCAUGGUCACUUAAAAAUGCGUGGUGACUGGCUCAAACGUCCUUUCCCCAACUCUGCAUCCAGCAUCAUCAUUGCCAUCUCACCAGCAAAUGUGGAUCUGGCUAACUCUGACAGUUUGAAGCUGGCUCGUUCGGUGGACCCUCGCGGCCUCAGAACUAUCGGCGUUCUCACAAAACUCGAUUUGAUGGACAAUGGCACACAUGCUCUUGAUGUCUUGACUGGCCGAGUCUAUCCAUUAAAAUUAGGCUUUGUGGGCAUCGUCAAUCGGAGCCAACAGGAUAUCAAUGGCAAUGUGUCAAUGCUGGCUGCACGUAGAGCCGAGGAGGAAUUCUUCAAGAGCCACAACGCUUACAAAAACAUCUCACAUCGUUGCGGCACCAAGUACUUGGCCAAGACUCUGAAUCAGGUGAAUGUUGCGAUGCUUUUUGGGAGCGAAGCUUGAUGCUCAUCAGUUUCGACUUGUUGUGCAGGUUCUGAUGGCACACAUCCGCGACAAGCUGCCCGACAUGAAAGCACGCCUCAACACGCUGAUGGGCCAGACACAGCAAGAAUUGGCAUCUUUUGGUGACACGGCAUUCUUGGGAGAUGCACACAGAGGCACGCUCAUCUUGAAGCUCAUGACGCAAUUUGCGAGAGACUUUGUGGCCUCGAUCGAAGGUACGACAUUUGACAUUUCAACCAAGGAACUCUGUGGAGGCGCGCGGGUCUACUACAUUUUCAAUGACGUCUUCGGACACGCCUUGGACUCGAUCAAUCCCACCCAGAAUUUGACGGUGACGGACAUCAGGACCGCGAUACGAAACGCAACUGGACCUAGGCCCAGCUUAUUCGUUCCUGAAGCAGCUUUCGAGCUUCUGAUCAAGCCGCAGAUCAAGCUUCUAGAGCCGCCUUCUCUAAGAUGCGUGGAGCUCGUCUACGAAGAGCUCAUGAAGAUUUGUCACAAUUGCACAAGCACAGAAUUGCAAAGAUUCCCAAAGCUGCACGCUCAACUCAUCGAGACGGUCUCUGAGCUUUUGAGAGAAAGACUUGGUCCUACUUCAGAAUACGUGCAAAGUCUCAUCGCCAUUCAAGCGGCGUACAUCAACACCAAUCACCCUGCCUUCGUGCAGGACUCUGCCAACAUCGCACGCUCAACGAGGGAAGGCCACCGGCAACCUGCGCCUGCGAUUGCAGCUGGGUCGGAGACGAGCUCGACGGCGGGCGUGUUCGAGGAGGACGCUGAUGACGACGAUGGGCCUUCUCGGGGCCCUAAUGGCCUGGCAGGCGGCGCAAAGAACAGAAGCGACACUAGGGCCACUUCAUCGAGCUAUGGCGAUAGCAAUGGGCGCAAUCAACUUUCUGCCGCGCACGCCUCUACCAUCGGCCACGCUUCGUCCGGCGCUUUCUCACGCACAGGAAGGGCAGCAGAUGGCGCCAGCGCGACAGGUCCUGCUGGUGGAAGAGACUUUUUGAACUACUUUUUCGGAGGAGCUUCUGGCAUGCCUGGAUCUGCCAGCGGUCCCGUCGCAGCCGGACCACAAAGUCAAAGAGGUGCAUUUUCCGAGUACGGUCGGGAUCAGAAGUCCAAUCCGAUGCUAGGUCGCUCAGACCUGGAAGGCAGAAGUGCGGCUUUCGAUAUGAAGAGCCUGGAGAAGCACAUCGAAGCGGUGAGUACGAUGCACGCCUGGCCAGGUAGCUCUUUCAACCGCUUACCCUUUUCGCAUGAUGUACGGUAGACGCCUGCCUCCGACGAGUUCAGGCUGUCGGAGCGAGAAGUUUUGGAGACUUCUCUCAUCCGCUCUCUCAUAGCUUCGUACUUCACAAUCGUUCGACAGUCCAUUCAAGACUUGGUGCCAAAGGUGUGUGCAAACACUGACGCCCUUGACCUACUCGUCUUGCUCACCUUUGAGUUUUGUCCUCUAUCGUCAGGCCGUGAUGCAUCUCCUUGUCAAUUUCAGUCGAGAUGGUGUGCAGGCGCGCCUCAUCAGUAGAUUGUACAAGGAAUCUCUCUUUUCAGAUUUGCUGGAGGAGGACGAAGCGACAAACAACGAGAGAAGGCGCGUUCAAGCCCUUCUGGAGGCGUAUAGGGAAGCCCAUCAGAGUGAGUCGGCUUGGACUUGCCUCGAAAGGGUGUGUAGCGCCUGACGCAUGCCCGACUUGCCCCUAUUAGUCUUGUCCGAGGUCACUUUCAAGCCGUGA